AGGAUUCGUCCCUCCGCGCAAAAAUUUUCCACCUUAUAUUGGGUGGGGAUGACCUAGGAAUCUGAAAUUUGGAUAUGUUGUUCACAAUGGCGAUACUCACCAAUGGUUAUGAAUUUGGACCAUUUUCAUUGAUUUGAGGCCAAAUUAUGCUUCUCCAAAAAAAUGACCUUUCUGUAAUUUUCAACUUUGACCCUCCAAACUGCAGGGGUCAAUUCUAGCUCCCAAGAGAACCUCACUCCCCAAGUUUGACUUUAUUUGAUCAAUUAGAACAGGCUCCAGGUCAUAAAACGUAAAAAUCACCAUUGUGCUGAAACUUAUAAAUCAAAAACUGCUGGCCGGCCUAUCGCAAAUAGUCCAUUUUUUACAAAAAUUUGGCUAAAAAAUAUUCUUGUAAAUUGAUCAAAAUAAAAUCGUUUCAAAUUGAGUGAAAAAAAUAAAUACUUACAUAUAAUAAUGACAACAUCCAAAGUGCAGCUGGUAUCAAUAGACAGUAGACACCAUUUCAUCUGAUGGAGCUAAUUGGGUAUUCUGAUCCUUUAGGAGUUUAUGGACCUCCUUUGGGAAUGCGUUACGUUCUCUUCAUCGACGACGUGAAUACCUCAACUCGAAAUAAAUACGGAGUAUUUUCAUCCAUUGAAUUACUACGCCAUUGCAUAGAAUAUAAUCAAUGGUAUAAUACAGAAACAGCAACUCCGGUUCAAUUAGUCGAUUUACAAUUGAUUUGUUCAUUUACUACGAAACAUGAUGUGGAUAGUUAUCCAUCGUAUGCCAGAUUCUGUCGUCAUUUUAAUUUCAUUUCGAAUGAUUUAUUCGACGAUGAAACAUUGAAGUCUAUUUUUAGUAAAAUAAUGCUGUGGCAUUUGGAUACGAGAGGAUUCAGCAAAGAAUUUGAUCCAUGCAUUGAUCAAAUUGUCGAUGCGACUUUAGCCAUUCAUCGUCUAGUUCAGAAUAAUCUGUUGCCUUUGCCUGAUAAAUCUCACUAUAUAUUUAAUUUGAGGGACUUCUCCAGAAUUGUUCAAGUAAUCUGAUUUGAUUUUUUCAGUCGCACGUAGCUUUAAGUUAUAAUCUUUGUAUGGGUUACACGUAUUAUUCGUAGAAUCGCUAUCUUCUGUAUAACUGCUUACCUUAGUUAUUUGCUUGAUCCGGGCUAUUAUCAGGAAUUUCCAGAGUUCUUUUUUUGCAAAUGUAUUGUGGUUCAUCGGCAAUUUUUCAAAAGAACCAUUAAAAUUAAUCAGCUAGGUGAUAAUUUGGCUUUAAAGAUAUAUUACAUAAAUAAUUUACUACAUACUUACAUCGGUGUUGAAAAUUCCCCCAUAAGUACUCCGUACGACCACACGUCAGAUUCCAAAGUGAACAUUUGACUUAUUAAUAUUUUAGUACGUAAACCUAGAGCAUUUGCCCUAUAUAAAUAUUAUAAACGCUAAUUUAGGAUAAGGGACACAUUUUGCAUAAUAACAAUCAAGUCAAAAGUGACUGUUUUACAAUACUUUUUAUUUCCUAAACAAAUUAAUACUUAUUUUAUAAUGUUUUCCAUAAUUUAACCAAUUGGUCGGAUCCUUGUGUUCAACGAAUUAGUCUCAUUCGAGAUGAAGAGGUGCGAUUUUUGAGUUUUUUGAAAUACCUUUCAUCGUAUGAGAAGUGCAUACUUACUUGAGCCAUGCAAAUUCUUGAUUUUGAAAAUUUUGCAUCAUUAACAGUUUUUUUUAACUGGUUAAAAAGUAGGUUUUGUGUAAUUUGCAUUCAAAUGCGUAUCUAAUUAACGAGAGCAUUCACUUGCCGUUCUAGGAAAAGGGCUAGAGUAAGGGCUAGGCCAUUUCUGAAUCAUCGUUGUGAAUUUUUUCAAAUUUGAGAAAAAAAUAUUGCUAAAUUUAAUUCAAAAUGUGAAAAGUUA